AUGGGCCAAGUAGCAAAUGUUUCUUGUGUUUAUUGUGGAGGAGUGAACGCAUUUGAUAGUUGUCCUUCUAAUCUCGCUUCGGUUUGUUACUUGGGGAAUCAAAAUGACUACCACAACAAUACAUAUUUAAACUCUUAUAAUCCAAGUUGGAGGGAUCAUCCAAAUUUCUCUUGGGGAGGUCAAGGGGCUAGUUCAAGUGGUGCAGUGAUGCCAAAUAAGCCUACAUAUCCACCGGGUUUUUCUCAACAAGCAAGAGCUCAACCUCCUCCUUUACAAGUUUCUCAAACAGGAUCUUUGGAGAAUUUGAUGAAAGAGUAUAUGGCCAAGAAUGAUACAGUAAUUCAAAGUCAUGCAACGUCUUUGAGGAACGUAGAGAUUCAAAUGAGGAGAGAUGGUAAAGAGCAAUUCAAGGUGAUCACUUUGAGGAGUGGUAAAAAUCUGGAGUUGAUUGAGGACAAUCCUAAGAGAAAAAAUGAGCCUACUUCAAUCCAAAGUAGUGUGGAAAAAGGAGAAAGUGUUGGAAUUUUGAUUAUGUCAAAAGUUGAUUCUGAAGAAAAUGUUGCAGCAAUCCCUCCGCAAAAUGCAUCAGAGGAGCGAACGAGCAAGCCACCUCCACCAUUUCCUCAACGAUUUCAAAAGCAGCCGCAAGAAAGCCAAUUUCGAAGAUUUUUGGAUGUUUUGAAGCAUCUCCACAUCAACAUACCUCUAGUGGAAGCUUUGGAACAAAUGCUUAACUAUGUGAAGUUCUUGAAGGAUAUUUUGACAAAGAAGAGGAGGCUUGGAGAAUUUGAAAUGGUUGCUUUGACUGAAGGUUGUAGUGCUAUUUUGAAGAAUACAAUCCCUCCCAAGAUGGAGGAUCCAGGCAGUUUUACAAUUCCAAUUUCUAUUGGGGGAAAAGAAGUUGUUGAAGCUUGUUUGGCCAUAAAUGCUUCUAACUUCAAGUUUAUUGAAAACAUGCAUGACAAACAUAGCAAGGGAGUGAAGAAAAAGGUCCUUUUUGAAGAAAUUGAGAAAUGUGGUGAGCCAUGGAUAAGUAAGGAAGAAGAACCAUCUCAUCCUCCAAAUUUACCUAGGAAAAAGAAGAAGAAAAAGAAACAUAUGUUAAGAAAGCAAGCAAAUGGUGUUUUAGAAGUAAUUUGGAGGUCUGAAGGUUUUGCGAAAAUUUUGCUGAAGCAAAAUGGGGAGCAAACUAUUUGCAAAUUUUGA